GUUGGUUGACUCGGUGAGCCCGUCGACUGCUCGCUCGCUCGCUCCUGCUGCUCCAUCGCCACCACCGUCGCCGCCGCUUGCUCGCACCAGCCAUGACCAGGCGCCUUGGCAUCCCCAACCAGCUUCUCCACGGAUGCCCCUCCACAAUCACAAUGUAGCAGUCCUGUCCAGAGGUAUCCCUACCCCAGCUUCGUGUCUGGGACAGGACUGGACCGCCAUGGCUGCGACACCACACACAUAUAUAUUCCCCCGCUCCGCUGCCUCUCCUCUGGCCUCGUGACCUUUGUGUCUCUCCAGCCUCGUGCCGUCCACCUCCCCCCUUCCUCUCUCUUCAUUUCUCUCAGGAUCUCAACCCUUCCCGAGUUGUCCCCCGCCCCUUCCCAGCAGAGAGCCUGCUUGCGUCUUCGUCAGCAACCCACUGCCCAUCAUGGCCGGCGGCCCCAAGAAGCCCAUCAAUGUCUUCAAGCUCGGCGAGCUCGGCGAGCCCAAGGGCGUCUUCAACUGGCGCCUCUGGUUCGCCGUCAUCUCCUUUGGCCUCCUCGGCGCCGCCCGUGGUGUCGACGAGGGCCUCAUCAACGGCGCCAUGAAGUCAAAGGACUUCCUCAAGCUCAUCAACUACGGCUCCUACUCGGACGUCGAGCAGACAAACAUCAAGGGCAACAUCUCGGCCAUGGUCCAGAUCGGCUCCGUCGCCGGCGCCCUCCUCGCCUUCCUCGUCUGCGACAGGAUCGGCCGCAUCUGGGCCACCCGCCAGCUCUGCGUCCUCUGGGUCAUCGGCAUCGCCAUGUUCAUGGGCAACAACGGCAGCCUCGGCCUCGUCUACGCCGGCCGCUUCAUUGCCGGCCUCGGUGUCGGCCAGACCCCCGUCGUUGGCCCCGUCUACAUUGCAGAGAUAGCACCAGCGUCGGUGCGUGGACUUUGCACCUGCAUCUUCACCGGCUUCGUCUACUUGGGCAUCGUCCUCGCCUACUUCACCAACUACGGCGCCCAGAUCAACAUUGGCGACACCUCCCACGCUCGCUGGCUUGCUCCCACCAGCUUGCACAUCAUCUUUGCCGGCCUCAUCUUCAUCCUCUCCUUCUUCCAGUAUGAGUCGCCCCGCUUCCUCGUCAAGGCCGGUAACCCCGAGAAGGCCGCCGAGAACAUGUCCAAGAUCCGCCAUCUGCCCAUCGACCACCCCUACGUCGUCGCCGAGAUCAGCGCCAUUCGCAACCAACACGAGGAGGAGCUCGAGGCCACCAUGGGCAACAGCUGGACCGGCAUCCUCAAGGAGAUGUUUCUGGUCCCCAGCAACCUCUACCGCAUCUACCUCACCAGCAUGGUUCAGUUUAUGUCCCAGUGGUCCGGUGCCGGCUCCAUCACCCUCUACGCGCCUGACCUCUUCUCUCUGCUCGGCAUCUCCGGCACCACCGAGUCGCUGCUCGCCAGUGCCGUCUUUGGCAUCGUCAAGUUUGUCGCCGCCAUCCUCUGCGCGCUGUUUCUCGUCGAUGUCAUUGGCCGCAAGCGCUCGCUGCUUAUCGGCAUCUCCCUGCAGGCCAUCUCGGUCAUCUUCAUCGCCGCGUUCCUCACCUCGGUGCCCGAGCUCGGCGUUGUCGAGGGCUUCAAGCUGCCGCCGAACGAUGUCGCGCUCAGCCGUGCUGCCAUUGCCUUCAUCUACGUCUCCGGCUUCGGCUGGGCGCUUGGCUGGAACUCGAUGCAGUAUCUCCUGACCGCCGAGCUGUUCCCUCUGCGCAUCCGCGCCGUCGCCACCUCGUGGGCCAUGGCCCUGCACUUUGCUAACCAGUACGGCAACUCGCGUGCCGUCCCCAAUAUGCUGCUGCCCGUUCACGACGGCGGCAUUAGCCCCGCGGGCACCUUCUGGUGCUUCUCGGCCGUGACCGUCCUGGGCGGUCUGUGGGUGUGGUUCUCGGUCCCCGAGACCGCCGGCCGCUCCCUCGAGAGCAUGAACCGCCUGUUCGAGCUGCCCUGGUACAAGAUUGGUCUGCACGGAAACAAGGACGCCGACCUCCAGGACGAGGUCCACAACGAGAAGGAGGCCAGCGCCCUGGGCCUCAGCGGCCACGCCGACCACGUCGAGCAGCGCCCUGGCGAGAAGGUCUAAUUGCCCUAAUACAUGUUGGGAAAAAAGUUUCAGGAAACGAUUUAACGACGAUUAUUAUGAUGUACCUCGACGGGUAUGAGCAUAUACAUAUAUACAUAUCAUGUACGGGCUUAUCAAGCAUGACCAAGAUGACGUGUCUAGGAGGGUUCUCUCGGUCGAAUAAAUAGACCGUGUCAGCUCGACCCAAAUACUUUCUGAUCUCGACGGCCGAUUGUGCAUGUUUGUGAUACUCCAUGCGUGUGUCAAAGUCGGCCAUGAUCGUGACGGCCCUGCUGUUCUUUCUUGUAAUUAGUUUCAAUACGUAAAGAAGGCGAAACUGUAGAUGUGAAAUAUAUGGCUCUUAACGCCG